CCACCCAGAGGAAUUCGCUAAUCAGUCUAUGACUCCAAGUCUGUGUUGGUCAUCGAUAGAUCCGUCGGUCAGCGGAAUGGAAAUAGCUGAGGAGUUGGACGGGGUGGUGGCGGAGAAAGUCGGUUUGAGCGUGCGGGAUAACGAACUUGAUAUGGACUCAUGUGUGUACUGCUCCCUCUGGAAAAUGCAUUUAUCUUCCCGCGAGACGUUAAGAUUGUUUCAGAAAUCACCCUCGGGCGAGCUUUUCAACGGUACCUUAUUACACGGAUAGACACGGAUUCGAUAGGAAUUACAUUAGCUACUGCCGGGUCGACAACAACCGAUUUCCACGUCCGACUCUUCGAACGUGACUUGCGAUUCGUAAUUCGAUGCCCGGGUGGAAAUUGGCCUUACACUUACACGUAUAUGGUAACACACUCCAAACUCGAACGAAAUAGAUUAUAGAGUACUCGAAUGUACUGGGACCGAUACCACGAACGCACCAGUACCCCGAAUUGCCCUAUAGUAUUCAAAGUGGAUUCAAUUCCGAUUCAUUCAAGGUAUGAGCGGGAUUUAUCAUCUG